GCGCAAGCAUCAGAGACCCGAAACCAAAGGCAACACAACGGUGGUAUUUAAAGAGACUAUCGAAGCGCAAUACUCAAGGCAAAUUGAGUUGUGAUGGACGCGGAUUCUGCUCAGCCUGAUGAUUAUUUGGAACCUUUCAGGGUUUCUGUUCAACAAAUUCUCACUAGAGUCAACAAGCUUGAGAAUCAAGUGACUGAGGUUGAACAGUUCUAUGAAUCCACUGAUAAUAUUCAAGGUAAUAAUUCUAAAGGUGGCUCACUUGUGAAAGAAAAGGGCAAGGAGAAGCAUCUUAUUGGCACCAAAAAGCCACUGCAAGAUGCAUCACAUACCGAAGCUGCUGCUGCAAAGAGAAUGCAAGAGCUCAUGCGUCAAUUUUCCACAAUAUUACGUCAGAUAACUCAGCAUAAAUGGGCUUGGCCAUUCCUGGAUCCUGUAGAUGUAGAAGGUCUUGGGCUUCAUGACUAUUAUGAGGUUAUUGAUAAGCCCAUGGAUUUCAGUACAAUAAAAAAUAAAAUGGAAGCUAAGGAUGGCACAGGAUAUAAUAAUGUCCGGGAGAUAUACGCAGAUGUAAGGUUGAUAUUCAAGAAUGCAAUGAAAUACAACAGUGACAAAAAUGAUGUCCAUGUUAUGGCAAAGACCUUGCUGGCAAAAUUUGAGGAAAAAUGGCUGCAACUUUUACCUAAAGUUGCUGAAGAGGAAAAAAGACAAUUAGAGGAAGAAGCACAGGCACAACUAGACAUUCAACUUGCUCAAGAGACCUCUUAUGCCAAUAAGGCUAAGGAUAUAAGCACUGAGCUUAAUAAGGUUGAUAUGCUUUUGAAGAAUCUCAAAGAAAUGGUGAUUCAAAAGUGCAGGAAACUGUCUACUCAAGAGAAGAAAAUGCUUGGGACAGCUCUUGGCAAAUUGUCUUCCGAAAACCUCUAUAGGGCAUUGGAGAUAGUUGCUGAGUCUAACCCAACCUUCCAACCUACGGCUGAUGAGGUGGACCUUGACUUAGAUGCUCAGAGUGACUACACUCUAUGGAGGUUGAAGGCUUUUGUAAAAGAUGCUCUAGAAGAGCAAGAAAAGGUAGAUGGGGGCGCAGCUGUUAAUCCUAAUGAUAACCCUGAUGACAAGAAAAACAGGAAGAAGCGAGACUCAGGUGAUUCUUCAGGCAAGACAAACCCAAAAAGGAAGAAACUAUCCAAUUUGUGAGUCAUUAGUGCAUAGCAUAUGAGGCAUUAGUGUUAUUGAGCUUAAGUUGUUGAAGACAAUGAGUUGGACAAUGCAAUAGGAACCCUAUAACUCCUAUAGCUAUUCACCUCUAUGUUGAUGAAACAAAAUAUGGUCCUUAAUGUACAACAAUUAGGUUUGGCCUCAAGUGUGUGCUUUGUAGGAAGUCAGCUUUCGUAAGCAAGGAGAGCAAACCCUUUGCAAUUCACAGAAUAGAAGUCAACCAUUUUGGUCUAGUUAGUGUUGUCUUGCGGUUCUGAGGACAUUCUCAAAUUUCUGAAAAGAAUUGAGUUGAGGCAUCUAUGCCUCAAUGCCUGUAAAUGGCUAACAUAUGCGGAGAAAGAAAAUCUACAUCUUGACCGACCUAUUAAAUUUGCAGAAGCAUAGAAAAAGUUUCUGCAAAUACCUCUUUGGAGCAGCUUAGUGGAUUUUUUUUUUUAAAUUUUUUUUGGCUACAUAGUCAUAUCUGAUGUGAUGGGAUAUAAACUUGUCAUGUAAAUGUGGUUUUGAUUCGUUUUAUAAAUGCUCAAUAUAACUUCAUAUUCAUUUGAGACGAAA